AGCGCGUCGGUUCAGUUCAGUCCAGUGGAUUCGCUAUACGCAAAGGACCUAGUGCCGAGUUUGAUAUUCUAGAACUUCGAAAAGGCUUUUCAAGCAGAGCGAAACAACAUCAAGUGAUAAUUACUCUAGUUGACGGUCUAAGAAAAAGUUUUUUUUGACAAGUGUUGUUUGUUUGUUUUCCAAGUUUUUUCAAGUGUUGGCCAGUGCCUUGGAUUCGUUUUGUGUCAUCACUUGUUUUUUGAAAAAGCAUCUCAAGGUUAACACAACUAAAGGCAUACCAAUGGAAGCUAGGACAGUCUUAUGAUGAACUUGCUGGUGGUUAAGGAAAGCGGCGAGCGGAUCGCCGACAUCAGCUAUAGCCAAGACCAAAGUACCAAGUCCCAUCCAAAUUUGUCACAAACAACCAAUCAUCGCAAGCUGGCGCAACUCGAAAUUGCAUCUGUAUCGGGAUCGGGUGUGGGAGGAUCUGGAACCGGAAGUGGAAGUGGAAGUGGAUGUGGACCAGCUUUUCGGUGGCAGUUGCUUAUCCUCCUCCUGCUCUGCAAUUGCAUUGAUCUUACCAUUUCGAACAAAAUCUCCUCAGUGGGCGCCUUCGAGCCGGACUUUGUGAUUCCGCUGGAGAACGUGACCAUCGCCCAAGGUCGGGACGCGACCUUCACGUGCGUGGUGAACAACCUUGGGGGUCAUCGGAAUAAUGACUUGGGAAUACUAAGCCGCGAAGACACCAUUCGGAAAUGGAAAAAAUUCGUACAGGUCGCCUGGAUUAAGGCCGAUGCCAAGGCAAUUCUGGCCAUUCACGAGCACGUGAUAACCAACAAUGAUCGAUUAUCGGUGCAGCACAACGACUACAACACAUGGACGCUCAACAUACGCAGCGUCAAAAUGGAGGAUUCCGGCAAAUACAUGUGUCAGGUCAACACGGAUCCCAUGAAGAUGCAGACCGCCACCUUGGAGGUGGUUAUUCCGCCGGACAUCAUCAACGAGGAGACCUCCGGAGACAUGAUGGUUCCAGAGGGCGGAUCUGCCAAGCUCGUUUGCCGAGCGCGUGGCCAUCCGAAGCCCAAGAUUACGUGGCGCCGCGAGGACGGCAGGGAGAUCAUCGCCCGCAGUGGUUCGCACCAGAAAACCAAAGCCCAAUCGGUGGAGGGCGAAAUGCUGACGCUGUCGAAGAUCACGCGAUCGGAAAUGGGCGCCUACAUGUGCAUCGCCUCCAACGGAGUGCCGCCGACGGUGAGCAAGCGGAUGAAGCUACAGGUGCACUUUCAUCCGCUGGUGCAAGUACCAAAUCAAUUGGUUGGCGCCCCAGUCCUCACGGAUGUCACAUUAAUUUGCAAUGUCGAGGCAUCGCCGAAGGCCAUCAAUUAUUGGCAGCGGGAGAAUGGUGAAAUGAUUAUUGCCGGCGAUCGUUACGCGCUCACCGAAAAGGAGAAUAAUAUGUACGCCAUUGAGAUGAUUCUGCACAUCAAACGACUGCAAUCGAGCGAUUUCGGGGGCUACAAGUGCAUCUCCAAAAAUAGCAUCGGCGAUACCGAGGGCACCAUCCGGCUUUAUGAAAUGGAGCGCCCAGGCAAGAAAACACUUCGCGAUGACGAUCUCAACGAUGUAUCGAAGAACGAGGUGGUUCAAAAGGACACGCGCAGCGAGGACGGCUCUCGCAACCUGAACGGAAGGCUCUACAAGGACCGAACUCCGGAUCAGCACCCGGCCAGCGGGAGUGACCCGGUCCUCGGCCGAGGGACAAUGCGGCUAAUCGGUACAUUUCUAUUAGCCUUAUUGGUUUUAUUAACGGCGAUGGCGGAGACCCGGCCAACCACAUUGUUCUGCCACACAAAGGGCGGCAGACAAAAGAAUGCCAAGGAAAUGAGUUUGAAUGGGCAGAAGGAUAAGGGCAAGGAGCCCAAUGAUGGGCCGGCGGAGAAGUGGAGCAAGUACUGGGAAAGAUCAGUGCGGAGUUGGAGAUGGGCAGCACUGGCAGAGUAAGAUUAUUAUAGCCUAAUUCAAUUGUAAUUAUACAAACAAGAUUAUGAUGCAAAGAGCUCCUGCCCCACGUCCGCUCCAUCCAUGCCCAGACGUAGGCCAGGACAAAGGGGGCAUUAAUCAAUGGGGAUGUCGAGGAUGCCACCCCACGGGCUAAUCAUCUACGCCCAUGCUAAUUGCAAAGAGGUGGGGCGGCAGAGGGGGCGGGGCUAAUUGAAUGCAUAUUAAAUCAAACGGAAUAAGGAGAAACUAAAGUGUCGUAGUUAAGUGGAAAAGAAAACGCGUUUAAAUGUUACCUCGUUAGUGGAAAAUUAUGACAAGAAUGAAAACCCCAAUCCCACACAAGGAAAGUCAACUAUAAACAAUAUUGAGAUUAAAUGGUGUUCGGUUCUUUAAAUGGCUUUAGCUACUCUCAAGAAAAAAGUACGACUACGGAAGGUUAUAUGCGUACUAUAAAUCCUUAAUACGUUAAUGACAUUGAUACCGAUAUUUCUAGAUGUCUAAUUGAUAAGCAUUCUUUUUGUUUGUUAAAACUUGAAUUCGAUUGGUUUUUCUAGAAGAAAUUUAUACAUAUACAUAUACCUGUAUGUAUUAAGUGUUUAAUGAAGAGUUCUGUAUAUAUAUUUAGGGCCUGCUCAAAGAGAAGGAAAUAUAUGGCUAAAAAGAAAAUGUUUAGACGAUCUUUGCAACCGUAAGCUGUAAAUAUUUAUGCCCUUAGUGAUCACGAGAUAGUUGUGUUGUUAUCAUGCUAAAAACUGGUAAAUCCUUUUUGCUCCCUUUUGUUGACAUCUUCGUUCUCACGGCUCAAAAGACUAUUGCGAACCCUAGUUUAAGCCAGUUUAGUAAUCCCUUAUGACAUUUAUCCGCUAAAAGUGCGUGUGUGAUUUUCAGCUUAUUUAGCUUAAUCAGCACAAGCACUAGUAAACUAAACAAUCAAUAAUACCGAAUUAAAAAUUUAAAAUGCUUUUAAGCACCCAAUUUUUAUUUCUAAUAGACUUUGGUGCGCUGAGUUCGAAACUGGCUAUAAACAUGCUCCAUCGGUCAUGGAAAAAUUCACCUCAAAGUUGGAAAAACCUAUUUAUACACUAUCAACAUCAAAUUAAGAAUAUUUAAUACUUUAAGGAAAACUUAUAUUCUGAGGUAGUUUAGAAGUCAGCAAACCGAAAACUGUUUUCGGCUUUAUACUUUUUUUGUUUUCAAUUUAAAAUGCAUCUGUAACUACUUAUUUUUAUUUGAUUUUAUGCCGAUGAUUUCUUAGAAUACUUCAUACAAGUCUCUACAGUUUGUAUAUAUUAUUUUGCAUACUUAGAAGCGUCAUCAAAAGAUUCUAAGAUAUUCGAUGUCUACAGCCAAAUUCACACACGCACCGAAACCACCCAUAGUUCCCACGUAAAUGUUUAUAUAAUACUCGUGUGUACGUGUUCAGCUCAAUUCCAUGUUUAAAUAUAAUGUAAAUCAAUGAAAAGAAAAUCAGAAAAGCAGAAAUAAAUGUGCCAAAAGCAUUAAAAGCAACUCGCAGUACAGAAAUGUGGAAAACGAAAAUAAGCUGAGGUAAAUACCAAAAUAAACUAUGUGUGUUCAUAUCCAAAAUACAAAAUACAGUAAUACCCAGACAUAUGUAUAAUUCGCAUAUCCAACACUGCUUCCCCAAAAUCCAGCUAGUAAACAUUAUUUGAAAGCUGACUACUCAGAUGUACUCUGACUCAUAUACGUACCAAGAAAGCAAAUGUAUGGAAAGCGAAAAAUAGGGAAGGAGGAAUACAUUUUAAAUAUAUUGAAAAUAUAAGAUAAUAAAGCUAAUUAAAUAUAGGAAAUAUUUUUUUUGCGGGUACGAGAGCAACGUAUCGCCUAGCAAAUCAAAGUUACGUUUAAUCUAUACGUGUAAGAAAAUGGAAAAUAAUUUAUUCAUCCAAAUGGUAUCCCAGGCCAUCGCAUUGUUAAGAAAAAAAUACAUUUAGUGGAAAUUGCAGGCGGAGUAAGACAGGCAAACUAAACUAUAGUAAUACCUAAGAAUUAACAAACUAAGACAGAAAACCAUUCAAAUCAUAAAGCAUUCAAUGUCUACGCUACACCCAUAAAAAGAUAAGCCAUAAACAAAAAAUAUAUAAAUAUUUUGCAACUACAUAUGCAAUGAGAAUAUCCAACAAUUUCAAAAUGUAAAACCCAUAACGAAAGUUUGCUGCGUAAUAAUGUGAAAUUCCAUGAUUUUCGAAAAACAUAAUACAGUGAAGAUAAUAUCAUUUAGUUGGAUUUGUGUUUAUGUACAUAAAAAAUGAGCAAAGACAAAUGUUUGUACUGUAAAAUCUGAUUAUUUAACUGAAUAUUUCAAAACGCGCGAUGGAAACAACACCCCAAAAAAAAGAAAAA